AUGGAGCAGCCGCAGCAGGUGGCCCACAGGUGGUCGCAGCUCGCAGAGGACGAAUCUGCCAGGUACCGGGGUGCAAUCGCGAAUAUCGGAGGGUGCGUCACAGACAGUGUUGCAGCCUCUGUACGGUUGGUGGACACACCGAUCGCUGCGAAGCCGCCCACCGUGCGUAUCAGCGACGAAGACAGCGAGCUCUACUCUGUGAACAGCGAGGAGAGCUUACAGUAUGUGCAGUGGGAACCUGUAACCGGGUCGCGGGCCUUGGACAUGUCAUAUGCUGCUGCCUUUGUGAAGAUAGCAAUGGGCGAGAUCACACAAGGCAUUGCUUCAACCGACAACACUUCCUUCAGGCCCGGGAACAGGAGGCUACUCGUGCGAGUGCAGCUAGUGUCGAGCAGAGCACUACGAGCACCAUGGCCUCCGAUCGGCAGCAGUCUACUGCAGUACCUGGAAGUGACCACUCCAGUGGAGGUUGUGACCAUAGCAUCUGAUACGGAAUCAGAGGAGUCAGAGAUCAUCGGCAGCUCUAGUCAGGUUGCAAGCACACGCGUAGAGCUGGAAGAGAUGGACUAG